AUGGAUCGGGUAGGGAAGGGGGUAGGCAGCAGAGGCUCCUUCCGGGCCCUGUACUCAGUGCUGAAGGGGUCCUCUGCCCACAGGUGCUUCUGGGCCGUGCUCCUCCUCCUGGCCCUGGCUGUGCUCCUGCUGGCCGGUGUCAUGCAUGUGGACGUCAGGCUGCUCAUGCCCCAACUCGGGGACCAAGUUGACGGGCCCCCCGUCACCAACGUCAUGUUUCUUAAGACGCACAAGACGGCCAGCAGCACGGUGCUCAACAUCCUUUUCCGCUUCGUCGAGACGCACAACCUGUCGGCGGCGCUGCCUGCUGGCGGCCGCUUCCACCUCGGUUACCCCUGGCUCUUCCUGGCGCGCUACGUGGAGGGCGCGGAGCAGGGCGGCCCCGAGCGGCGCUUCAACAUCAUGUGCAACCACCUGAGGUUCAACCCGCCAGAGGUGCAGAAAGUUAUGCCCAACGACACCUUCUACUUUUCCAUCCUCAGAAACCCCGUCUUCCAGCUGGAGUCCUCCUUCGUCUACUACAAGAGCCACGUCCCCGCCUUUAGGAACGUCACCAGCCUGGACGCCUUCUUGGCCUCGCCGUGGGCCUACUAUAACCAGAGCCUGGGCCUGAGCAACGCCUACGCCCGGAACAGCAUGUGGUUCGACCUGGGUUUCGACAACGACGCGCCGCCCAAGGAGGACUAUGUGCGCGCGCGCCUGCUCGACGUGGAGAGGCGCUUCCAGCUGCUGCUCAUCGCGGAGCACUUCGAUGAGUCCAUGGUGUUGCUCCGGCGCCUGCUGCGCUGGCGGCUGGACGACGUGGUGGCCUUCAGGCUCAACGCGCGCAGCCGGCACAGCGUCACCAGCUUGUCGCCCGCAGGCCAGGAGCGUGCCAAGCACUGGUGCGCCCUGGACUGGCGCCUCUACCAGCACUUCAACCGCACCUUCUGGGCCCGGCUGAGCGCAGAGCUGAGUCCGCGGCGUCUGCGCUCUGAGGUGGCGCGGCUGCGCGAGCGGCGGCGCGAGCUGGCCGCCCUGUGUCUGCAGGACAGCGAGCCCAAGAACAAGUCGCAGAUCACCGAUUUCCGACUGCGCCCCUACCAGUCGGGCAGGGCGGACAUCAUGGGCUACAACGUCAAGCCGGGCCUUGACAACCAGACGCUGCAGACGUGUCAGCGGAUGGUCAUGCCCGAGCUCCAGUACAUGGCCCACCUGUACACCCUGCAGUUCCCCGACAAGCCCCCCAAGAACAUCGCCUUCCUGGAGGCCUAG